GGCAGGCAACAGUCAAACAGACUUUGUACCUAAAGUGUAAUGUUUAUGUUCAGGGUGAGCAGUUUGAGCUCAAUAUGUAGCUUUAGCUACAUUCAGAAGAUGAUAACGAAAGCUUGAAUGCAGAGAACAAACGGUAUAUUUUAGUAAGACUGUAAGACAGUAACAUGGACUCAGUUUUUCCAUCAGGGGAUGAGGAAGAGAAAAAGGACCCAGCUGUUAUGGAGGGUGAGAAGGAAGGUGACGACUCUGAAACCAGAUGGAGCGAAGAGCUCAGGCUGGUCCUCAUCGGAAAGACCGGAUGUGGCAAGAGUGCAUCUGGGAACACCAUCUUGGGCCGGAGGGAGUUCCUGUCGCAUGUCAGUGCCAGCUCUGUCACACAGAUCUGUGAGCUUGGGAGCACCGUGCUCCCUGGGGAAGAGGUCGCCGAGGAGGACGGCCAAGCUGUCGCGGAGAAGAGGAUGAGGAGAGUCACGGUGGUCGACAUGCCGGGAUUUGGGGACACUCACCUCAGUGUGGAGCAGAUUCAUGCAGAGGUAGCCAAGUGUGUGUCCCUCUCUGCCCCUGGCCCGCAUGCCUUCCUCCUGGUGGUGCCAAUAGGACGAUAUACAGACAAUGAAAACCAGGCUGUCUGUGAAAUGACAAAGAUAUUCGGGGAGGGUGCAGUCUGUCACCACACAGUAGUUCUUUUUACGAGAGGUGAUGACCUGGAGGGCAUAGGGAUUGAAGAUUACCUGAGGAAUACUGCACCUGCUGGGCUUCAGGCUCUGAUUGACAGGUGUGGGGGCAGAUACCAUGUUCUCAACAACAGAGACCCCAGUAACUCGGCGCAAGUUAAAGAACUCCUGAUGAAGGUGGACAACAUGGUGAAGCAGACAGGGUUUUAUACCAAUACCAUGUUUUUAGAGGCAGAGGCUGCCAUCAGGGAGGAGCAGAAAAGGAUGUUGAGGGAGCGAGAGGAAGCAGAGGGGGAAGAACAAGGGGGAAGCAAUGGUAGCACGGAGGAACAGGCUAAACGUGCAAAACGAAGGAAGCGUGAUCUAGAGUCUGACAGAGCAGGAAGCAGUGAAAGAGGAUCACAAGGGCUCAGCAGGGGGGACUUGGAGAGCGGAAAUGAUGAGGAUUUUAGGGUGGAGAGAUGGACAGAGGAGAGCAAGGGCAAUGCUUUCAGUUUCCUUAGAGGCAGAGUUGAGCAGUGUAGGAACCAGUUCAGAGGCAGGCACAAGGUCUGCAGCCGGGCCGUCAGCAGGCGACAGUCUCUCCGCUCAUCCUUGAUCCGCAUGAGACGGGAGGCCGCGCUCUCUCCUAAAGUGCUGGAGAGAGUUAAGAUCCUGGUUGCUGCUGGAGCCACAGGCAUGGCAGUUGGGGCGGUGUUUGGAGCGGCUGCCCCUUUAGCAGCUGCAGCUGGGGCUUCUCUUAUGGGAAACUCAGUUGGUUUUGCUGCAAGUCAGCUGGCUGGGUUGUCUGUAACAGGAGGCACAAGUGUUGGGAAGGCCGUGGGGGCCAUAGUGGCAGCAGCUUCAGGGAAAACUGCAGUGGCUCUGGGAGCAGCAACAGGUGGAGUUAUGGGUGGUUCUGUGGGAGCCAUUGUUGGCACUGGGGCUGCCAGUCCUGGAGAAGGUGCUCUGGAUGCCCUUGGGCAGGUUAGCCUCAUAGGGGCUUCUGCUGUGGGGGCAGCAGCAGGAGUGGGGGGCACCUUGGGAGCUGGGGCUGCUUUAGGUGCAGCUCUGGAGGGAGCAGCUCUCAGCACAGCAGCUCUCAGUGGGGCUGAAACUGCAGCAGUAGGGGCAGCAGGUGUAGCCAACGCCUCCAUAGCUCAGGGUAGUUUAGCCUCAGCAGCAGGGCAGCAUGCAGCAGCCGCUGUGGCUGCAGGUACUGGGACACCUCAGUGUGCUGCAGCAGGAGUGGCCUUAGUCCCGCAGAUGGCUACAAAUGUCCCAGUGGCAGCUGGGUCUGCUGGUGCUGUAUGUGGGUUAAUAGGGCCGAGUGUGCCGUCAGUAGCCAGCAGGGUUGUGUCAGACCACUGGGGCACUGUGGCAGCUACAACACGCAUUCUGUCUGCAGUGGCUGAGAUAGGAAAGGCUGCAGCAGGCAUUGCCCUCGCUGGUGGUCUGGUAGUGAAGGUGGUAAAGGAGAAAGUCAGAUGUGGUACAGGAACAACAGAAACCAGUUAUUCAGAGAAGAAGUCUUAUGAGAUCCACUGGAACAAAUAGAUGUAGAGUAGGACUGGAGUUGUAAUCCAGUGAAUGAGAUCAUAUUCAUAUUUUCUCCUGAUAAAAUCCUACACUCCACAGUAGCUUCCCUCAGUGAGAGAUGUUGCUAAUACCAUGUGAAUAUAAACCACCUCAUAUAUGCAGAGCCAGAGCAAUAUAAUAUAGAACAAUAUAAAAUAUUUGAACAAGAAAGCACACAUUCUUAUAGAUAAAGGAAAGUAGAAAUCCUGCUUGUGAAUGUUGGUUGGAACUUUGAGUUCAAUGACAUUUGCAGUGCAAUGUGGGAUGACUAAUGAAAGAAUAUUAGGUACACAGUCUGGUGAUACCUUUGCUUUAUUUCUUUUUUCCAAGCACAGUUUUUAUCUAAAUUGAUUGUUAUGAGUUUGUGAAUCAUCUCCCCACUGGUGGUUUUUGGAACCAGACCUAACCAGUCUGCAUAUACAUUUUUUAUAAAGUAAGAAAAAGAAAAGAGACAUUUAUGUAUGGAAGCAAGGCUACUGAAAAUGUGGAUCGUCACAUUUCAGCUGUGUAAACUCAUUUAAACGAAUGACAUGAAUUUCAUAAAGGUUUGAAAUUUUUUCAUUUUUGGUCUUUCUGAAGAAUCACAUUCCUAUAAACAGAAAAUAAGAAAUUCAUAUUACAGUGUUUGAUGGAUGACAUUAAUGUGUUAAUGUAAUCUCAGUUAUUAUAGUAAUGGGAAUUGAAAAUGAACAAAAGCACUGAAGUAUUAAAAAGCAUUUUAAAUCCUAAAGGUUGACAGUGGGUGGUUGUAUUGCAGUGUUUCUCAUCCUGUAACAUGUAAAACGGAGGUGAGUUUUGCGCUUAUGUAUUAGUACUGGUUUUGACUAACCAGUACCAACUGUUUUCAACUGAUGUAAAUGUAUCAACAGUUCACUAGUGUGUUAAUUUUUGUUGCAGUGAAAAGAACAAUAAAGGCAGUAUUCUUCCAUGA